AGAGCCGCCAGUCACCCAGAGUGGAGCCGGGCAGCGAGCUGCGCACACACCCCUGCACUCGGACCCGCACCCUGGGGAGAAUUUACCAUGAUCUGUGCAAACCUCUUCUUCAUUCUGAUUUUCAUAGAUGAGGUGCUGCAUUCUGUCGGGGAUCCUGUCCUGCCAGGAGGUUGGAGAGCGGACUGCGUGAAGGCCAAUGAGCAGUGCGCGGCCGAACCAAGCUGCAGCAGCCGCUAUCGGACCCUGCGCCAGUGCCUGGCGGGCAAGGCCCCCAUGCUGUUCGGUCCUGAGGCCAAGAACGAGUGCAUCGCCGCCAUGGUGGCCCUGCAGCGAAGCACACUGUUCGACUGCCGCUGCAAGCGAGCGAUGAAGAAGGAGAAGCAGUGCCUGGCCAUCUACUGGAGCAUUCACCAGAGCUUACUGCAGGGUGAUGACUUGUAUGAAAGCUCCCCUUAUGAGCCAGUCAGCUCGCGCCUCUCUGACAUAUUCCGACUCGCUGCAAUCAGUUCAGGAAUGGAAGCCGCUGGAGCACGAGGAAACCAGUGCUUGGACGCCGCCAAGGCCUGCAAUCUGAAUGACACCUGCAAGAGGUACCGCUCGAUAUACAUCUCCACCUGUAUGAAGCGCACCUCGCCCACUGACUCCUGCAGCCGCCGAAGGUGCCACAAGUCCCUGAGACAGUUCUUCGACCGGGUGCCUGCGGAGUACAGCUACCGGCUGCUCUUCUGCUCCUGCAAUGACCCCGCCUGUGCGGAGAGGCGCCGGCAGACCAUCGUGCCCACCUGCUCGUACGAAAGCAAGGAGAAGCCCAACUGCCUGGCACUCCAUCAGACCUGCAAGACUGACCACGUGUGCAGGUCACGAUUGGCAGACUUCCUCUCCAACUGCCAACCCUCCACACAAGCUGUGAGCGGUUGUUUCAGAGAGAACUAUGCUGCUUGCUUACUCUCCUACUCAGGACUGAUAGGAAGUGACAUGACCCCAAAUUACGUGGACACAACAGACAUUGUAGUGGCUCCCUGGUGUACAUGUAGCGGCAGCGGGAACCAGAAGGAAGAAUGUGACAAGUUUCUGAACUAUUUUAAAGAGAACGUCUGCCUCAGAAAUGCAAUGCAAGCUUUCGGCAAUGGGACAGACGUGAACAUGUGGAAGAGCACCCUCCCUACCUUGGCCACGUCUCUCAUGAAGACUGAGAAGACAGUUCAGAGCGCCCAACCAUCUGACCACAUAAAGGAGAUCACAACGGCGGAUGAUGCAAACAUUCUCACUGUGUGUGCUGACCUGCAGGAUAAUGGACCAAAGUUCAAUACAUCCAAAGAGCAGAGUAGCUGUCUCCCAGAGACACAAGUCCCUGCCCUGAACCAGGACAAGAUUAAAGACAUGGAUAAAGUAACAAGCUACACAAAUCCAAGGAAUAGAAACUCCUUUGGUACACGUGUCCAAGCCAGUGUGGCAUGGAUAGUCAUCUCCUGUUUUACCAUAACAAUCCUGACAUCAUAGGAGCCUCAAGGAGCCUAGAAGAAUUCAGGUUUCCACAUCCAUCCUACUUAAUUGAAAAAUGAUACCCCUGUGGAGAUAAUGCAGACAAAUUCACUGAGUUUUAAAGAAGAGAGAGAGAGAAGGAAAGUUGUGAUUGCUUUGGUAAAAGUGUGUUGACAAAGAGUUGGUCCCCAAAGCAUAGGCUUAUCAUGGACACAAUGCUAUAAACAGAUUGGGACCUUGUUUCUUAAGAGAAAGGGAAAGAACUGCUGCCUCUUCAAGCCUAGCUGGUUGCCACAGUUCCAGUUGAUUGGGACUGGAGAAUUAGCUGUAACCCCAUAGGGCUCCAGCAAAGCCUUGCAAUUUGGAGCAGCGUUUACACGUCACCAAUGGCCCAGGUGAAAGAAAAGUAUUCCAAUUCAGCGACACCGCUGCAGUGAUUUAUGGUUGUGUAAAACCACAGUUCUGUUUGACCGUGUGUACGUUCCCCCAUUGCCCCCAGUCCCCAAACCACCCUGUGAGGAGAGAUCCUGCUGUGUUUGAACUCUCACUGUUUUCUACACUCAAUAUCAUUUAUACCUAGAAGAACGUACAAGUUCUGUUCAUGUGAAAAAUGUUUCUCCCUUUGCUUUUCAACUUUCUAGAACAGUGUUUCAUGCAGUUGUAGAUGUAUAUCCCAGCUUGCAUAGUUUUGCAAGCUUCCUGUUUAAUUAUACCGUCAAUGUACAGUGCAUUAUUUCAAUAACAUAAACAGGAAUAUAUCUAUACCAAGAAAACUACUUGGAUAUUAUGUUUUAUUUUUGUUUGUUAAAGUGGAAUAUAAGGAAGACAAUAUAUAUGUGAAAUGGUUGAAAGGGAAGUGUUCUGCUGAAUAGUUAAUAUCUUUAGGCAGCAUCUGAGAAAUUAUUUCAGGGUAGGUAACAUGAAGCCAAGCAUGAACUCAACUGAACACACUCCAGUGAAGCUGAAUUCUGUACAUGUGCCCUGAGAUGCAGAGGGAAAAAUCUGGGUGAAAGACCAAGAACUGUAUUCAAUCCAGCAGCAGCAGACAAUCACCUUAAUUAUCUCUUGCAAGUGCAGG